AAGAUACGAGCCUGAAACACUCAUGGGCGAGGCACUCCUCGAACGGCCUGAUAUCGUUCGCAGUCAUUUCAGAAUUCAGUGUUUUUCUCGGAUUCUAUAAGUUUCGACCCCUUGGACUACGCUCAUCUCAACGAUCAGCAACCCUCACUUUCUGUUUUACGUCUCGUGGCGAUGCAGUUUCGCUGCGGUCAGAAGAUUCUUAUCAAUGUUGUCCUCCCGGGGGCUUUAUGAUGCCACUGGUUUAUGCACUUAUAACGAAACUAUCGGACUUGCAGCUACUCGAGAACACUGACAACGAAUCCUUCGAUGCGAAUCCCAUUCUUUCCUGAUUGUCGUGAAGCAUUCAUGCACAAUCAUGAUCAUCCAUUGUUCGACGUCAAACGCGGUAGCCUGGCAGCGUCGGAUGGCAGGGACAGAAGCGCAUGGAUGCGGACAAGGUACGGCCCGUGUUCCUUUGCUUCGUUCUGCUUCGAAUCCUGCUCGCCGCUCUUUGCUUUCUCCUUUUUUGGUCUAUCUAUUUCUUUCCGCCCUCACCCGCCGCGCGCGAUGCAGGGUCGCUCUUUUCUUUCGUUUUCUGGAUCGCUGGGUCGCCUACUGUCUUGGGGGGCUUGGCUGCCGCUGCUGGAGCCAAAGUAGUACCAGUUCUACAGCCGGGAUUCUUCUUCGACUACACCCCUCCCCCAGUCGCCGCUUAUACCGAUCACGCGAAAUCCAUCACACCUUUCACAAUCGACGCCGGGAACGGCUUGUCGUUUGACUGGCAGUUCCAUUUAGUCCGGGAACUCAGGUGCGUUCGAUGGCUGCGGAGGGAUAAAAAUCCCCGCAUCUGAUGAGACUGCUCGGCUAAAUUCUGGCAGUAUCAGAUCUGCAUGUGGGACAGCAACGGGACACCCGGAGGUUGCGAACUAUGUAUACUGUCAUUCAGAAUUCCACGGUCGCAACGCCUCAAUGCCACAAUGUCACCUUUCCACUCUUCUGCAGGUCGAAACACAGCAGACUGCUGCUCCAGGGUCCUAUCUCUCAAUUUGGAUUCAUUGAUCAGUGUACCGAUAUUCUUGUGACACCAAAAAUCUGGGAACCGCCAUUUACGUUUUCAGUAUAUCCGCCUUUACAUCCUGCUUUCAACAUCACUUCCAACUCCAUGGAUACCAUCGACUGGACGAUCUCACUGCCCUGGUCUUAUCCUUUCUUCAUUUCUCUUUCGAGCGCUGAUGGACAAAUGUGGUCUAAUGGACCUCUCCAUGCCGGAGGAUUCGGACCGACGGAUUGCUUGGCUCCGAAUACCAUGCCGAUUGGAAAAGCCCAAUCGAUUGCAGCUGCAGCCGGAUUCGGCGGUGCCCUGGGAGCAUUUGCCCUCGGGGGUGUCGUCGCCUUCCUCUAUCUGCGCUACCGCCGUCUCCCGCCACCGCAGAUCGACGCGUUUGUCCACGACUCGGUCACCUCCCGCAGCGAUUUCAGCGGCGCGUCGCGGAACAGGUCGGACUCGCAUACCACGAUGAGCAGCCUCGGCGCUUCUUCGGAUAUCCGGCGUGGCCGGACGUAUGUGCUGCACCACGACGCCGGCCGGGCACCCGUCACGGUGAUCACCGACUCGGAGGAGGUCGUCGAGCUCCCGCCGAGAUACCACAAUGGGUGGUUCCUGGUAGUAGAGGCUCGGAUGUCGCGGGUGGGAGCGCAGACGGGUUACCGAUGCGCGACAAACCCCAUCCGCCCCUUCCCGUGACCCCCUCGACAUCGGUCAACUCGGGUUCAUUUUUGUCGGCUUCAUAUUUGGGACCGCCGUGACAGAUUGCGGCAAGGCCUGAGGCCUUGGGUUGAAGAACAUACUUUUAUCUAUUUGAGUAGACGAGUGAAUUCACAGAAAGUCUGGGUCUGCUGCA